GGAGAAGGAUCUUGUUGCUAAGGUUGUUGGGAAGAAAUGCAGCCUGAGCGUCAUUUAUCUAAAGUGCGGUCCAGUCGACCUUUGUCCAUGGCACCAUCCAAUUCUACUAGGUCGUGUUACCAAGACUGCUACUCCAUAGAUGCUCCACUUCAACAUGAUUCUGUUGUCUCUGUUCUUAAACUUCCACCCCCAGCACUCGAACUUACAUUGGAAGAAGUAUUUACGAGUGAUUGUGUAUUUGUGAAUUCUUGCAAUGGUUUAUUUCUUCUAUGCUUCUCUUCUGACAUAAUUGUUUUGUGGAACCCGACCAUCAGAGAAUCAAGAAUAAUCCCUAGUCCAAUCUCUGAUGCGAAUUGGGGUAAGAGUUACUAUAGUUUAGGCCAUGUUUCUUCUUUCCAGGAUUACAAAAUAGUUAGAGUUGUAAGAACAAGAUCAGAUGGCUAUUAUGUUCAAAUAUUUUCGACUAAAACUGACUCGUGGAAACUGAUUGGCAAGUUACCUCGGUGCAAUGGCUUUUGGGGAGAAAUCGUUGUAGAUGAUGGAUUUGUUUAUUUGAUCACAAUUGAGCAUGACCACGAGAUUAUUCAAUGUUUGGAUUUGAAAAAUGAAAAAUUUGAAGAAAUAUUAUAUCCGGAUGGGGCAGAUGUAUUAACUGUGGGAGAAAACAUUUUGGCUAUCUGUUCAAUCUGUAUUAAUGAGAUGCAAGAUUGUAAAGUUUGGUACUGUAUGGAAAAGAAUGGAAUGAGGAGCAAAUGGAGUAAAAUAUUAGCAAUUACAUAUCCUAUAGAUUUCUGGAAUUAUAUAUGUUGGACCAACCCUUUGGCUUUUAGUAAGGAUUUAGAUAUAUUGAUUUUGCAGGAUAUAGAUGAGUUAAUAUUCAACGUUUAUGAUUCAAAAAGACGAAAAUUUGUAGAAGUUGAAGUUGAUGGGCUUGAACUAGUUAAAGUUGAUCUGCAUAAAGGCUACUAUUUCUCUAAAUAUGUUACACUAGCAUAUGUAGAGACUUUAAUCUCUCCUAAUGCCCUAUAG